AUGAUUAUUUCUCUCGUCCGUCGGUGGUAUGGAAAUCCACUGUCUCGAUAUGUUUUACUGUUCAAAAUGUACAGAAGGAAAAUACCAAACUGCAGUGUUAGUUAUUCGAUGUUAAGACGUUGCUGGAUGGAGAGACUGACUGAUCUGCCUAAUUUCAAGUAUCAGAUUUCAAACCUUUGUACGCAAAGUAACAAGGAAGUCAUUGACCUAUCCAAAUUUUCUGUGGAUAGAAUCAGGAAUUUUUGCAUCAUUGCACACAUUGACCAUGGAAAAAGCACACUGGCUGACAGACUAUUGGAAAUGACAGGUGCCAUAGCAAAGACGGAAAAGAACAAACAGGUGUUGGACAAGCUCCAGGUGGAGCGAGAGCGCGGUAUCACCGUGAAGGCCCAGACAGCCUCUUUGUUUUACACACACCAGGGCCAAUCGUACCUCUUGAACCUCAUUGACACACCAGGUCAUGUUGACUUCAGCUAUGAAGUGUCUCGGUCCAUAUCUGCAUGUCAGGGUGUCUUGCUGAUUGUUGACGCUAAUCAGGGGAUUCAAGCGCAGACUGUGGCCAACUUCUACCUAGCUUUUGAAGCUCAGUUGACCAUCAUCCCUGUCAUUAACAAGAUUGAUUUGAAAAAUGCUGAUCCAGAGAGAGUGGAGUCACAGAUUGAAAAAGUGUUUGAUAUUCCUCGUGAAGAUUGCAUUCAGAUUUCAGCAAAACUUGGUACAAAUGUUGAAAAGGUUCUCCAAGCAGUUGUCGAAAGAAUUCCACCGCCUGUGGCAAUUGUUCAUGACCCGUUCAAAGCACUAGUCUUUGACUCCAAUUUUGACCACUACAGAGGAGUCGUGGCUAACAUUGCUGUGUUUGCGGGUCGUGUCAAGAAAGGAGAUAAGAUUAUGUCGGCACAUCUCGGCAAAGCGUACGAAGUCAAUGAACUCGGACUUCUUCGCCCUGAAGAACACCCCACACAGAAACUAUUUGCUGGGCAGGUGGGCUACCUCAUAGCCGGGAUGAAGGAUGUAAAGGAGGCGCAGAUUGGGGACACCCUCUACCACCAAGACCAGCCGGUGGAAGCUCUGCCUGGCUUUAAGCCAGCCAGGGCAAUGGUGUUUGCUGGUAUGUAUCCAGUUGACCAGUCAGAAUACCCAGGGCUCCGUAGCGCCAUCGAGAGACUGACAUUAAACGACUCGAGUGUAACAAUGCAGAAAGACAGCAGUUUGGCCCUUGGAGCUGGUUGGAGGUUGGGUUUCCUGGGACUCCUUCAUAUGGAGGUGUUUAAUCAGAGGCUGGAGCAGGAAUACAAUGCCUCUGUUAUCGUAACAGCACCAACAGUGCCUUAUAAAGCUGUGCUCUCAUCAGCUAAACUAAUCAAAGAACAUGGCAGUGAAGAGAUCGAAGUUGUAAACCCAGCUCAGUUUCCAGACCGAUCAGUGGUGUCGGAGUAUUUGGAACCAAUGGUGAUUGGGACCAUUCUAGCACCUGACACAUAUACUGGCAAGAUUAUGUCUCUCUGUUUGAAUCGGAGGGGCAUUCAGGAUAAUAUGGUGUAUGUAGACGAGCAUCGUGUCAUGAUGAAGUAUCUCUUCCCAUUAAAUGAAAUUGUUGUGGAUUUCUAUGACCUUCUCAAGUCUCUGUCUUCAGGAUAUGCCAGCUUUGAUUAUGAAAAUGCAGGCUACCAGCCGGCUGACCUUAUAAAGAUGGAUAUUCUUUUGAAUGGACGCCCGGUGGAAGAACUCACCUUAAUUGUGCACAGAGCACGUGCAUACAGCACAGGAAAAGCCAUAUGCGAGCGGCUGAAGGAUUCCAUACCACGGCAAAUGUUUGAAAUUGCUGUACAAGCAGCUAUCGGAAGUAAAAUCAUUGCUCGAGAAACAAUAAAGGCGUACAGAAAAAAUGUCCUCGCAAAAUGCUAUGGAGGUGACAUAACACGCAAGAUGAAGCUCCUGAAAAAACAGGCAGAAGGCAAAAAGAAGAUGAGGCGUAUUGGCAAUGUGGAUGUGCCCAAAGAUGUUUUUAUUAAUGUUCUGAAGAGGAAAGACAAAUAG